AUGACGUGUUUCGAGGAUUUAUCAAAUGAGAUUUUAUAUGAAAUUAUUGAAUAUCUUGAUAUUUGCGAUGCAUACGCCAUGUUUUCAAAAUUAAACCAUCGUUUCCAACAAUUUUUCAAACAUUUAAGUUUACCAUGGAAAUUUUGUAUACAUUCCACAAGUAGAGUCAGCUUAUCAGAACGUUGUCAAUACAUAAAAUCUAAAUCUGUGGCUGAUAUUUUAUCACUUCGUUUCUCAAAUCCAACCGCUGUCGAUUAUUUUCUUUCGUUAAUUCCAUUGGAUUCGUCAUUUAUUCGUCUCGAAUCGUUGGUGCUUCAUAAAAUAAAACUAUUGAAGUUAGUUUCUAUCCUUACAACUCUUUCAACACUUCCACGACUUUUCUCACUUACCACUACGACGGUUGGGGCCAUUACAUUCCUCCGUGAUGUUCACAAUGCACUAUUUGCUCUACCUGUUCUGAAAUAUUGCAAUACUACGUUCAAUGGACAGAUAGAAUUCUUUGAGUUGGCUAAUUUAUGCGCUAAAAUUAGUCCAAUAGAAUAUUUUGUGAGUAGGACGUCGUAUACUAUGAAGAAUGUAGUUGACAUAUUUCGACAUCUCCCAAAACUAGUUCGUGCGGAAGUGAGUUGCUUUUCACCGAUGUUUAGUACUGAUAGUCUGAUGCCAGUGCUAGUAGAACGCUUGACUUGUUUACAAUUGCAAACUUCAACACAGAUUGAACAGUUGGAAGUAUUCUUAUCGAAAUUACGUCAUCAAAUUCAGACACUACGUAUUUCGUCAUAUUCAAAGAUGGAUUCGACGGAUGCAAAACGGUGGCAACACCUGAUCUCGUCUCAUUUUCCAGAUCUUCGUACGUUUGAAAUGCAACACUUUGGACAAAUUUCUAGUUUAAAUGAAUACGAUCUCAUUCGAAAUGAAUUCAAUUCAUCAUUUUGGUGGAAAAGAAAAUGGUUUUUCAUAUUUCAAGCUUUCAACACUAAUGACACCUUCUACAUGUUCUUCUAUUCUCAAACGCGUGCAUCGAGUACUCGGGAUGCACGUUCGAUCCAUAAUAUUACUAUCGAUGACGCGAAAACCAUCAUUCAGUUUCAAUCAUCACAACUAACGUUCUUCCCUGCGUAUCAAAAUUCUGCUAAUGCAUCAUUAUUCCAUCAGAUUCUGAAUACUAUGCCGUAUCAACAACUGAAACGUUUAACAAUCACAAAGGUUUUAACUUUCAAAACGUACUGCUAUUCAAAAAAGACUUGCUCUUGUAUAAUUCCACGCUUUAUCGUCCAAGCCGUAUUAACAUAUGAGAACGUUCAAGAUUUGAUUGAUACAUUUCCUCGUUUGGAAACCUUAGAAAUGAAAAUAAGAGAAAAUGAUCUGGAAAAUAUUGUUCGCUUUCUUCUAACAUAUACUCAUGAUGAAAUUUCGCGUUUAUAUUCAAUUAUUAUCCAUGAUGCACAUUCGAUAUUAUCUGGUAGACUACACAAGCAAAUUGAACGUGAAGAUUUUGAUUGGAUCUGUUCAGUUGAAUUCAUUGGCGAUGUGUUAUAUUUACGAUGGAAAUGA